AGGGUUAUCUUCGUGUAUGUUUAUUGUGAGAUCAAAUGUAUAUGUUCGAGAUUUUUUUUUAAAGAUUUGACACAGUUUAUCAUGUUUGUAAGAGUAACCACAAGAUUUUAUAAACUAAAAAUAGAGAUAAGUCGAGAAAUCACCGCAGAACAGUACAUUCUUACAACGUGAUGAUAAUUAGCUGCUUUUAAACACUAGAUAGCACUGAAACCUGUAUAUUCUAAGACAAUUCUGUGUUUUUCUGACAGGAAUGUUGAUCUAGCAGCAUGUCUCGUGUGUUAAAGGCUGUCCAUGACACUAAUGCAGUUGUAGGAGAGGUCGUGUAGGUUGUUAAGGGAAGCCUGCAGGUAUGAGCAGGCGUGCGUUUACUCGAGACGGGUUUGUAAUUACCUGACUUGUAGAAGAACAACGUUCGAGAGAAUGAGCGAGUGAGAGAGAGAGAGAGAGAGAGAGAGAGAGAGGGAUCGAUGGAGGCGGGUCACAGCGGAGCGGAGGAGCAUCUCUCUUUCAGCUCUGUUCGUUUCGGAGGCGCAUUGACGGACAUCCCGGAGUCGAGCGCACUGGACUCAUAAACAUAAUGUAGUCAGUCUUGAACAAGUAGAUUUCACGUUUGAAAACCUUUUCAUUCCAUCCACUCAACGUGAAAUGGGCAUUGCGUAAUUGUAAGCACUUAUGCCUUAAAGAAUGAGAGUCUUAGGGAGGAGAACCGUUGAAAUGAUGCUACGCGGAGAUGGAGAAUGGAGGACCCACAAGAGUGCAUGACAAGCAGGUCAGUGCCGGUUUGAAGAAAUCAUAAAAAGAGGAGAAACGCAUAUCACCACCUGAAGCCAUGGGGAUACGACACCUCCUGCUUCUUUUGGUCUAUCUAGACCCACUGUGCGUCCUGAGCGCAUCCACUGCCAAGCGGAGCAAACCCCCUCCAAAGAGACCCCCCAAAGUGAAGGAGGUCAACAGCACCGUUGCUCCGACAGUGGCACCCCGACGGAUCACACAAGUCCAGGCGCCCAUCGUCGGUGAUCAUGACACCUGUCUUGGCUACUACGACGUGAGCGGUCAGUUCGAUAAAGAGUUCUCUUGCAACAACACUGACCACCGGUACUGCUGCGGGAGCUGCUUCCUGCGCUUCUGCUGUCCUGUGAAAGCCAAACGAGUGGAUCAGAGAGUCUGUACCAACUACAACACGCCCGACUGGAUCAAAACCCAACCGCCCUCACCCGCACCCACAGGGGACACAUACGACCCAGCGCUGGACCAGACCAACACCACCGUCUACAUCACCUGUGGGGUCAUCACCCUCAUUAUCAUCCUGGGGAUUUCUGCCAAAGUGGCCUAUGACAAAGCCACCAGACCGCCUCAAGAAAUGAAUGUCCACAGAGCGCUGGCGGACAUUUUGAGACAGCAGGGGCCUGUUCCCAUAUCACAGUACGAGCAUGAAAACAUCGCGGCUAUAGACAACUCGCCCAAAGAAAACACACCUGUACGGACGUCCAAGAACCACUACACACCGGUGCACAACAAAAACAACCAUGGUCAUUAUGGGAAAGAAAACUUCCGCAGUGGUCAAGAUAUGCACAACUUCAUCUCCUCUGGCUUUGUGACGCUCGGCAGGGGCCAUCUGAAAGCGCAGCACUCUGUAGAUGAUCUCGGGCAGCUGUCCUGGCAGGGCGACCUGGACGUUCCUCUGUCUUACAAUAACCAUCCACACGACUACACCAGCCAUCUGGAUCUCACUGGGUCACACACACCCAAAAUCGAGAAGCCGCGAAUGAACAACAUCCUGACAUCCCAGACAGAGCCGUAUGACCUGUCGUUCUCCCGGUCCUUCCAGAACCUCACGCACCUCCCACCGUCCUACGAGAUGGCCAUGAAAACAGACUUAAGCGACAAGGAUGACGAGUACUACAUCCGCAAGCACCAUUUGCCCGAUCCGACGCCUCGUGGCGGCAACCUGCAGACACACAUGAUCAAGCUGAACGUGGAACCACCGUCGCAGCGCCAGAAGCCCAAACGUGUGCAGCGUGCCAUGUCCCAGGACCACGUGCUCUCGCCCGCCCGCUCCAAACCGCACCGGGACUAUGGCCUGUUAUCAUACAGCGGCGGCGCCGGCGGUCUAUCCCCGUACCACGGGCGCAUCCUGUCCGAGGAGCAGCUGCUGUCAGCUGACCGACUGCACUCCCAGGACCCGCUGCUCUCGCCAGAUAAGAUGCUCUCCCUGAGGCGCUCCAAUUUCCGCGAGAAGGCCAUGUCGCGGGCACUGUCACACACGGACAUGUUCGUGCCGACCACACCGGUCAUGGACCGGCACUACAAAAUGAUGAAGAUGCAUUCGCACCCCAGCAGCAGCAACAACGAGUCCUACAACACACUGACUGUUAACAGCGCGCAGGUGGGCAACAAAAGGCAGGCGUUCGCCAACCGCCGCAUGCAUACGGUGGACCACCUGCAGUAUAUCCCCGGACAUCACCAUCAUCAGUACAGAACCGCCAGUAAGACUGAAGUAACUGUCUGAGAGGGCGAGAGGCGGGAGAGCGAAUGAUGUCAACAAACAAUCCAGCUGGAGGAAUCCGCAGCGGUGGCCCACUUUCGACAGGUUUCUUUUUUUUAAGCGUGCCACCUUGACCCGUUCCCGCUUCAAGUGCAAGCUUUCCACUCCAUCAGUUCCGGGUCGGCUUGGGAAGGAUCUAGACUUUCUUCUCGCACGUAGAGCAAACGCAAGGGCUUCGCGCGCGGACGCUGGACUAGAAACCUGAAACUAUUUUUUUCCAGAACUGCUGCGAAUCCUGCACUGACUUUAUACGUACAGUAAAUCAGAACCUAUAUAGAUUUAUGAUUUCUAACUCGAGUCCUAAACAAUAGCGAUAGCGGUUGAAUAUAAACUGGUGUAAGCACUUUAGCGAGUGCCUCUUCUCAAAACACGUCCCGUUUCGAUAACGAAGUGGGGAAAGGGUUUAAAAGCACAAUAAAUGACUGAUGUUGUUUUACUUUCUUUUGUCUCAUUCCCAGCUAACAGGGAUCGUUUUUAGAACUGUAGCGAACAUUCUGGAAAAGUUAUGAACCAAACGUUCUAUCAGAAACGUUAAAAGAACAUUUGUUGGUGUUUUCAAAAUGUUCUAAAAACUUCAGCACAAAAACAUUAUUUAUACAUUCUUUAUGGAACAUUUCUUCCUAAAACAUUUUUUUUUUUAAAUGUUACUUUUGAACAUUCAAAAAACAUAAUGCUUAUAACGUUUGCAAAAUGACAAAAUUGAAUGUUUCCCCAGUGUUUUCCAAAUUAAGCUCUAUUAACAUCAUUUUGUUGUUGUUCUUCCGGUAAACUUUAUAGAAUGUUCAUUCAAAGUUCAUUCAAAUCUGGAUUUUAAGAACAUUCUCAAAACGUUAGCACAAAAACAUUAUUUAUACGCCGUUCAGGGCACUUUUGAUCCUGAAACGUAACAGUUUUUACAUUUUUUUUUAUUGUUACUAGUUGUUUUUAGAAUAUUCAGAAAACAUUCAAAAGUAAUGUUCGCAUACUGUUUGCAAAAUUAUUAAAUGUAACGUUUCCACAACAUCAAGUUGCUCUGUCAACAGAAUUUGUAGCUUAAUAAUGAUUACCACAAAAACAUUAUUUAAUGAAAAAAAAAAAAAAAAAAAGCAUUUUAGCAUAAAAACAUUAUUUAUACAUUGUUAAUGGAAUUUUUUUUUUUUUUUUUUUGCUGAAAUGGUUUACCUGGACGUCUGUCUAAUGUUUUUAUUUAUUUUUUUAAUGUUACUUUUGAAUAUCAGAGAACAAUUAACAGUAACAUUGCCAUAAUUUUUACAAAAUGAAAAAACACAAAAUUUAUGUUGGAUGUUCGUAUAAUGUUUUUUUUUUUUUUUAAACGUUACUUUUGAAUGUCAUAGAAAAUUAAAAAGCAACAUUCCCAUCAUGUUUGCGAAGUGAUAAAAUGGAAUGUUCCCUUAAUGUUUUUCAAGUUAAGCUCUGUCAACAGCAUUUGUAGUUGUUCUUCCAGUAAUGUUAAUAGAACAUUUGUUCAAUGUUCUCUGGUCUUUAAUAAUGUUCCCAAAGCGUUAUUACAAAAACUUUAUUUUUUCCCCCCUAAACUUUUAGUUGGAUGUCUGUCUGAAAGUUUUUUUAAUGUUACUUUAGAAUGUCAGAGAAUAUUCAGAAGUAAUAUUCCCAUAAUGUCUGCAAAAUUAUCAAAUGUGAUGUUUUAGUUGGAUGUUCAUCUAACAUCUUUUAAAUGUUACUACUUAUUCAAAAGUAACGUUCCCAUAAUAUUUGCAAAAUUAUGAAAUGUAAUGUUCCUUAAACGUUUGCAUAACCAAGAAACAACUAUUUUAAACAAAAUUUAAAUAAACUGGACAUUUAGAGAACAUUCAGAAAUAAAAAAAAUUAUAACCUAAUAGCAAUGUUAGCAAAACAUUCCUAAAACGUAUCUUUGUUAGCUGGGUUAUCUCUGUUUUGUUCCUGGGUUUCUUCUACGAUACGCCGGUCACUGAGUUUUUAGUGCACCUGUGACAGUGUUUCGUUCUGCGUAGGUGAUUUGUAAAUACGCUCAGUUAGCUGCAGUUAAACAGUGAGUUGGCUUUGUGGGUUAUGGGUUGCUUUUUGCAUUUUCAUUGGUUCCGUUCAGACAUUUUCUAGCAUAAUCAACCCACCCAAAGUAUAUCUGAUGACACAAAUGUGUACAGUAAUGUGUGUGUGUGUGUGUUUUCUAAUCUGUACUAGUAGACUAAUGGUGAAUAAAUUUGGUUGAU